CAUGUGCAGGGCUUGCCAGUCUCCGCUCUGCUCUACCUCCAUCAUGAACCUAGGCCCAGGCCUAACCCCACGUUUCUCGAUGUCAUUUCUUUGCUUGUGAGUCACGAAAUGGCCUCUUCAUCGUCCUUCAGCUCUUCGCACGAAUCCAGGAACAUGUCAGCUCUCGAAAGAGAGGUGUAUUUCCUCGUCGGAAAAUUCCUGAGUUCUGGUCCAUGUCAGAAAAGUGCUCAAGUGCUGAGGGAGGAAUUGGAGGAAUUGAAGGAACGACAGUAUUCUCAUCUGGAGGGAGAUCAUUUGCUUCAGAUUCUGUCUCGUCUCCCUGCCUUGGUGGACAAGGAAGUAGAACCAGCAGUCUCAGGUCUCAAGACUCUCCUUGGAGCUGGACGACAGUCUCUUCUCCGCUCUCCUGGAGCUAGUAAUGUUUCGUGGUCGCUGAAAAAAUGUUAUGUGAGGCUGCAUGGGAAACGCCUCAUCAGACCUGGGCUUAGUCAUCGAGGAAACCUUGCCCAAAUACUGAUUGGACGUGAAACCUCGGCUGGUUCAGGUCCAAGUGACUUGGUGCCCCCCUCAAUGAUGAAGCACAUGGUGCUGCAAAGGAGGACUCUUGGUCAUAUCUCAGCAGUUUAUUGCCUUGCCUUUGAUCGCACUGGCAGAUACAUAUUCACUGGAGCUGAUGACAGUCUGGUGAAAAUAUGGAGUGCAUUCACUGGAAGACUCAUAACAACGCUUCGAGGAGCCUCAUCUGAGAUUACUGAUUUGGUUAUCAAUGAUGAAAAUACCCUCAUUGCAGCAGGGAGUACAGAUAAAAUUAUUCGGGUUUGGUGCCUGAAGACAGCUGCACCUGUUGCUGUCCUGCCUGGUUUGAGUGCAAUGACCAAUGCCAUCCUAUUUUGUUCUGCCACUGGAGAUCUGACACGCCAUCGGUACUUGGUCACAGGCAGUGGAGAUGGCACUGUUGCCUUUUGGACAUAUACUGUUGAUCCCGAUGGACGAAAUGCUCAAUUUUGCCCUCAUCCUGAAAAAUUCCAUGAGAGGAUGAGACCAGGACAUGCCUCUAUACUUUGCUUGUCCUUCAGCAUGGGUGGCCAUUUCCUUGCAUCUGGCAGUGCUGAUCAUCAUAUAAGGGUAUAUCAUUUGUAUGGGAAAGGUGGAGUCGAGGGUCCCAAGCGUAUUCUGGAAUCAGAAGCACAUUCAGAAAGUGUAGAUAGCAUUCAGUGGGCCAAUCAAUCCAUGAGGUUUGUCUCGGGUUCCAAGGAUGGCACUGCUCUCAUCUGGAGCUAUCAUUACAGAGACUGGUCUCAGGUUGUCCUCAAAAUGAGUACAAGGCUCAAUGGUUCAAGUGAGGAAGGUGAAGAUGGUCGAGGGCAAAAGGUGAGAACAACAAUGGUUGCAUGGACAAAGGAUGAUCGGCAUGUGAUCACGGCUGUAUCAACCAAGGAAUUGAAGAUCUGGGAUUCUCUUUCAGGGAUUCUUCAGCAUGUGCUGAAGGGGCACAAGUAUGAUGUGUAUGUGAUGGAACCACACCCUUUGGAUCCAAAUGUCCUCCUCACUGCAGGCCAUGAUGGUCAGCUUUUUGUUUGGGAUCUCAACCGUGGAGUUGAAGUUUUGCGUCAUUGGAAUGGGAUUGAGCAGCAAGGUUAUGGUGCCCUCUUUGAUGCCAAAUGGAACCCCAUGGGACACAGUUUUGCUGCUACUGAUUCACAUGGCCAUUUACUUCUUUUUGGCUUUGGUUCACCAGCUCACCUGUCAUAUGAGCGUCUACCGGAGCAGUUGUUCUUCCACACUGACCUACGGCCAUUGAUGCAUGAUGCAGCACACCAUGUCCUGGAUGAACAGACCCAACUCCCACCCCAUCUGAUGCCUCCACCUUUCUUGGUUGAUUUGGAGGGAAACCCAUAUCCACCCAAAUUCCAAAGGCUGGUUCCAGGCAGAGAAAACUGCCAAGAAGAGCAACUUGUACCUCAAGUUGUCUAUGAUGAAGAUGGUGAUCCCAUGGUGUUGGAUGAUAGAGGAGGUGCUGGCCCUGGAGAGCAAAGAGAGAAUCUUUCCAAUAUUGAUCAAAUGAUUGAGCGCCUUGCCAUUGAACAAGGCCAAGCACCAGCUGAGGUUUCACCUGUGAGGAGGCAUCCAGCAGAAGGCACAAGGCAAACUCGAGCUAAUAGGAUUCAGCGGAUGGGAGAAGGGAGUUCAAACGAGGUACCUGUGCAUGCUGAAGCCACCAAUACUGUCGUGUCCAUUGCCAGGAGACGGGUCAUUGUUCCUGAACUUCCUUCUUGGCAACUCAAGGCUAUAUUGCAAUACAGGAAAGUGCUGAAGGAAGCAGAGUUGGGUCACUUUGAUCAGGAAUCAAGGAAAGCAAGACCUCAAAAAGAAUCGGAAUAUCAGAGAUCAGAAGACAGGGAGAGCUAUUCAGGGAACUGGUUGCGAUCUCGACGACUGAGAGAGGCUCACACACAGCAUGGUUAUAGCACCCGAAGAAGUCGACACCUUCGGAGUCCUGAUCCAGUUCCAAAUGGGAGAGAGUCAAGAAGUGCAACAAACUCAGGGGAUGAGAUUCAACGUGAAACCCAUGAUAGGCAACAGGAAACCGACAGCAGUCAAAGUGAAUUAACUGAACAGGGAAAUCAAGAUAUGGAACAAGAUAGAGCCAGUUCACCUUCAAGCUCUUCCUCCUCAUCAGAUUCUUCUGAAACUUCUGAGUAUUCCGAUUGGAUGGCAGAGGCAGGAGUGCGCAUGGAACCUCCAAAACGGACAAGGAAACGCACUGUACAAGCUCCAUCAAGGCAGCAAACUCAUGGAAGACUCAGGACCAGAAACCAUUUAAGUUCCAGGCGUUCCAACCAUCAGAGAUCCAAUCAGGAGCAUUCCACCCCCAGUCAACGAAGACCUAGGUCAGUACGAUCUGGUCGAGGGGAAGGACAAGAGGAGCUGGAAUCAUCCAGUGAGGAAAGUGAAGAGAGUGAAGAGAUUCCUGAAAUAUUCAGGCCAAGCAAAUGGCUAAGUGAAGUGCGGCCAAGAGACACUCCUUAUUUUCCUCAGAUGGGAGAUGAAGUGAUGUACUUCAGACAGGGACAUGAGUUGUACUUGGAGCAUGUUCAGAAGACAAGUGCCUACUCCCUAAACCAAAGGGACAGACCCUGGAAUAGAGUCUGCAAUAUACGUGAGCAAGAACUGGUCAAGGUGACUGGUAUGCAUUUUGAAUUGCGACCCCCACGUCUGGCUUGUAUCAAGUUGAGCUUAGUGAAUCCAUCAACUGGGAGAUGCAGUGAGACCAAUUUCACCAUCAAGUACCAUGACAUGAAUGGAGUACUGGAUUUUCUAGUUCUCAAACAAAUCUACGACAGGAGCAUGGGAGUAACUUGGAGACCAGGGGAUCGGUUCAGAGUUCGUGUUGAAGAAGACUAUUCCUAUGGAACCUACACUGCUCAUACUCCAUAUAGUGAAGAAUAUCCUGAUUCUCCCUUCCUUUGCUGUGAGGUCACAUGGGACACUGGUGACUCAGACCGUGUCUCCCCAUGGGACAUGGAACCAAUAUCAGAUGCAUCAGAGGUGGCACCAUUGUAUAUCCCAAGUCCUUCAGACUGGCCACAUUCAAGUCAAGAGGUGGAAUGUGAUCGUAUUUCACUCUGCAUCCAACAGGUGAUGGAGCUUGCAAUUGCUGAACAUUUUGUGGCCCCAGUUGACCUGAAUACUUAUCCAGACUAUGCCCUUGUUGUUGAGUACCCCAUUGACCUCUCCACCAUCAAGGCAAGAGCAACCCUUUCUCGACUGGACAAUCGAUUUUACCGACGGCUGGCAGCAGUUCAGUUUGAUGUGAGGUACGUCGCUGCAGAUGCAGAGAGGUUCAAUCAGCCGGGUUCUCUGAUAGUCCAUCAUGCACAGGUCAUCACAGAGAUUUGUCUUCGAAUGAUCAGAGAUCAGACUUGUCAAGACAUUCUACCUCUUUAUCGUGAGCUGAUGGCCCAUGAAAGAGAAGAGAGAGGUGAAGUGACUGGAGCAUCAACCAGCCGAGCUGCAUCUGCCUUCCCUUCACCACCCAUAAGGAAUCGUCGCAAGUUGCCAAAACAUCAGACUUGGGAAUCACAAUGUGAGCAAAUGCUCAAUGUCCUCCUUGCUUCUGAGGAUUCAGAGCCAUUUCAAACACCAGUCGACCUUGAGGAUUAUCCUGACUAUGAAGAGGUCAUCCAGAACCCUAUGGAUUUGUCCACAGUCAAGGGAAAAGUUCAAUCUGGAUCAUAUGCCUCCCCAGAGGAAUUUUCCCAUGACAUCAAUCUCAUCUUCCGAAAUUCGAAGGAUUAUAACACCAACAAAAGAUCAAGGAUCUACUCCAUGACAUUGAGGCUACAAGGACUAUUUGAAAGUCGGAUGGCUCCAAUCAUUAAGGACUAUCAGGCAUUGAUCUCAAAGAAGCAACUAUCCACAAAGAAGCUUGUCAAGAAAGAGCUACAUCUCACCAAUGGUCAUGCUGGAAGCAGUGGAGAAGAGUUGGAAAAUCGAAGCCCAAUUCGUACACGUCUGCGAGAGAGAGUACAAAACCCUAGAGUUUCAAACAGCCAGAUUCAUGGAGGGAGAGAGGGAGGAAGGAUGCUGCGUCCUCGCCGUCCACUUGAGGACAACACCCGAUUUAUGGGAUUCAUCAUCACUGACACUCGACUUCGUCAAAGGAAUGAAAACACAAGAAUACGCAAGCCUUCAGAUCAUGCUGAUGUUCAUUCCACUGAUUACUCCUCAUCCCACUCUUCAUCAGAUGAAGAGGAUGUAGAGGAUGAGGAAUUGGCUGAAGAGACAGGUGAAGAAGAUGAGGAAGAUGAAACAAGAGAAAAUGAAGGUCAUGAUGAAGACAAUGAAGAAGAUGAAGAGGAGGGGGGGGAUGAUGAUGAUAACGAUAAUGAAAACAAUAGAGAAGGGAAGAGAUCUGCAAGGCCUAAACAGCUACAGAAUGGUGCAUCUCAUGUCCAAGGAUUGGAGAAGAGACGAGAGAUGCGUAGCAGAGAGAGACCUUCAAGGGUGAGGUGUGACCCAGAAGAGGAAAGUGAUCCUGAAGUGACAAGAAAAAAUCUUCGCAAACGAAACCGAUUGCAACAGGAGAGUGAAGAUGAAAGUGACAGUGAUGCUGAAAUGUCUACCAGAAGAAAGCGACAUAGAGUGACUCAGCAAGCCAAAAGGAAGAAUGUUUCUAAUGUGCAAAUGGGAACUGGACGAGCAACACGCAAUCGAGGUCGCAAUACUGUGCGAUACCAUGAAGACAGUGACUUGGAGGAUGGUUCACUCUCUGAUGUCGAUUUGGGACAUUCAGAACGGCGUGCCUUGCGCCCAAGACGUCAUCCAUGAUUAUGCAGUAGUGUUUCCAAAUGUAAUAGCUCAGGGAUUGAGAACUUCUCAGUGAUAGCAUGAAGGAAGAUGAGAAACACAGAACAUCAGAAGCAACCGUGAACAACCAAAAAAGAUCUCAUUUAUUUCUUCUUUUCCCUCUUUGUUAUGAGUAACUGACAGGGAAAGGUGCCUAAAUGCUUGGGUCAUUGAUUCUAUUCUGGAUUGGCUGUGUCUUUCCAUUGAUCUCAGGUCCAUUGCUCUCUUGAGCUUCCUCACCAAAUCUCAACUUUGUUGGCAUCCAUCGUAAUGAAAUGGUCAUGAAUGUGAUUUGUUAUCUUUCUAUAAUAUUUCAAGAGAAUUAUGUGGUGGUACAAGAAUCUACUGAGUGGGAGAAACAGCUACUCAAUCUGUGCAAAACCUGGAAUUGAAGACCUACCAAUCAAACUGCACAUGAUGCACUAAGAUCUAUUACACGUUUCUGAGAGAGAUUUAUUCUUUACCAAUUUUUACUAAUUGGUGAAAAUUUCAACUUAAAAAAAUUUUGAUGUCCC